CAUCGCUCCUUUGCCCUGAGCGCCCGCCCGCCAUCCAUCUAUCCCCCUGCGUCCGCCGCUAUGAUGCAAUCCUUGGACCUAGAGCCCUCGCUUUCGCAGGUCCUGUCGUGUCUGUUCGCCGAGCCACCGGCAUCGUCCCCGCUGUCGCCCUCGGUCCUGUUUCGCCCCGGUCCAAUCAGACAGAGCAUGUCGACGUUCUCGGUCCAUUCGUUCGCGUCGAAGCAGUCCGGGGCGUCGCGACUCUCGGUCUCCUCGUCGCUUUCGAAUAUGAAAGAGUCUCUUGUCGGCCGUACAAAGAUUGCCAUCCACAAUAUCAAGACUGGCGUUUCUGUAAAGGAAGGUGCCUCGCAUUCGACAGAGACAGGCGAAUAUCGCUACUCUCCUCCACCCAGCGUCACCCUGGACUCGGCUGCCAAGGAGCGCAUUGAUGCAAUCAUGCGUCUCUUUGGCAUCUCCGAGCAGCUCGAAAUCGACAUCAAGACAGAUCUGUUCCUCUGGAACUCAUCCCGAGAGUUCGUUGUCAUGGACUGGAUGAUCCUCCAGCACCUGCUCCACACGGACAAGUCGAUAUUGUCCCCAGCCGACUUCAGGACACAGAGCGAGUACAUCAAUUACAAGCAGGAGGAGGCUUCGGCCCUUUCCGCGUUGCUAUCGUCGCUGCCGUACAAGUAUCCUCGGAGCCCGACGAUUACCUUGCGCCGGGGCAUCUUCUCCAUCUGCGUCCAAUCUGCACAGAGCCUCUACCGCAAGGACGUAAGCGGAUCGAGCCAUCCGUACGUUUUGCUGUGGAUCGAUGACAUUCCGUUCUUCAGCCAAGUCCAGCAAUCGACCGUGAACCCCACUUGGAAUUUUGCACUCUUUGCCCUACUCACCGAAUCGUCCAAGGUUGUCUUGACAGUCUGGAACCGACGCAGUGACUCGCCGGAUCGCUCGAAGGACUCAUUUUUGGGUCAAAUCGAGCUGUCCCGGGCUUUGAUAGCCUCGCUCUUUGAGAACGGCGGCCAUCGCAGCAAAUAUCAGUUUGAUCUGCAAAAGCGUCCGCUGAGCAAACGAAUAACGGGCUUCAUCAACCUGGUGAUAUCAAAGUACGACGAGAGCAUUGGAAACAAUGGGCAGUUUCCGCUGAAUACAAUUCCGCUCUGCCCACAAAGCUCGUUUAUCACCCUUAUCAAGCGCUGUCUUGAAUCCGGUUAUUGCGAGCAAGAUCGAGGGAGUCCCGCUUCAUCCGAAUCAACUCUUGGAGAGCGGUACAGUAGUCUGAUCAAUCAAACCUGCCGAACCUGGCGCUUGCCCGUUUCCACAUCUUCCGCAAGCUGCUUUCACCUGCUGGCCACAUCCUUUUCUGAGGGCAAGGCUACCCUGGCAGAAUUGCGGCGAGAAUUUGAGCUCGCAAGCAAAGAGUUAGAAAAUCGGAUGCACGUUAUGAGCAUAUUCGAUGAGCAACUCUACCGCUCGACAUGUCAGAGGCUCCGACAUGUUCUCCACGAUCAGCUCGUCAAGUUCUUUUGCCAACUUCCAUCAUUCCAACGCAAUGAUCUCGAGCACAUUAUAGACUGUCUCAUCUACAUUGACCGGUUUCUUGCCGACGGUCCUGUAGAGACCUCUUCGCAGCCGCUAUGCGAGCCGAUUGACGAGGCGAUCGUCAAUGCUAUCGACAAGCACUGCUAUGGUCUGCGAGCCCUCGCGUUUGAUCAACGAACGGGGCCGAUCGAGAGCCUAGGCCACUUUGUCGAGCUCCUUGGUAAAGAGCUUGAGGUCUACUUGCAGUACUUUGGCCACCUUAUCGCAAACGCUCUCGACGUUCCGUUGCUGGCAUCAAAGGUGUUUGUUCCGGUCGUCUCCUCGGACCUGCUCCGCAUCACCGCGGGUGGGGCGAUCGCCUCCACAGAUAUGAGCCAAGUCUACUCGCUAUACCAAUCCAUUCUAAAGUUCCGCGAACUGGUGGGAAGGCUCUAUCCUGGUCCGCUAGACGAGAUACUUCAGACUUCACAGUGCUUCAGACCCUUCAUCAUUCACUAUAUCAACGACGCUCGACGAAAAACCCAGCAAUGGGCUAUGAACGCUAUCGAGCAGGACAGCUUUACCCCAAUGAACUCAAAUUCCGACAGCAUGUUUUCCACAUCAGUCAUUGACGUGGUGGAAUUUUGCGACAAAUACAUCCGAUUCAUCCAAGAGUUGCAUUGGCCAGAUCCCCACGAAGAAGCACAGUUCUUGUCUCGAAUGGUUGAGAUUGUGUCUGAAACACUAGAGGCGUAUUGCAGCCUCAUACACGAUCGGUUCAAGCUCGAUCUCGGCCGUCCUGGCACCGUCAUUGAUAAUGCCACACUACCGCAGCCUCGCCAGAACAAGCUCGCCAAGUUCAUAAAGGUCAAAGCCAACAAGAGCGUGCCUGUGGAAAUGCGCAUUACAUCGGAGGCCUGCGUCAAGCUCAGCAACGUAUUUGAGCUUGAAAGUCGGAUUCAUGAGCUUUUUAGUCCAAUCGAAUCGGUGUCUCUGUCGGUAGAUCCAGCUCGAUCUGCUGGCUCGCUCGAUGGCCACAACAAACUCCCCACUCGGUUUCUGCUGCGCAUCACGCUGCUGCAUGCUGCCCGAACGCCGGUCCAUACUCCACUUUCGACCUUGGUUUUUGUCCGAUUCGUGACGCUGAGCGGGCGCGAGCUUGCUCGAAGCUCUUGCUCACCACAGGGCCCUGGAUACCCAACCUGGAAUGACGAGCUGACUCUGAUCCUUCCUGGCCCAAGGAUGGAUGCGAUCGAGGUGCAUUUGAUGCAUCAGUUCCUCGACGGACGCGACCUACUCGUCGGUCGCGCUCGGCUUGGCUUGGAUCUGGGCUGGAAUACGGAAAGCGAAACAUGGGUUGCGUUUGGGGACGAAGGCGAGGUCCUCAUGAGGAUCUCAUCGAUGACCGAUCGCGACGAAAUCUCAUUUUUCCGGUCGCGUUUGGAUCGCUGCGUAAAGUGUUACCAAGAUCGCUUCAUCGCUGCCAUCGUUGGCCGGCUCUGUGGCGAUCUCCGUGUCCUGUUUAAAGCAUCGGCUGAGCGCCACAAGACACAGCCGCUCAAAAUAAUCGUUGGGGACAUGCCGUCCUUCAAAGAGCUCAAGAUUGGCCUGAAGCGAUCACGCCCGAAUCGAUGCAUGGACGAAAAGGCAUCAUGGGAAUUCGCUGAAAUGGUUCGGAAUGACCUACAGCCCAUCUGGGCAUUUUUCGAAGCAAACUUGUCGCAAAUACAAUCCAGCUGCACCGAAGUGAUUGUCAUGAAGGUUGUCAAAAACAUCUGGGACCAGGUCGUAAUAGUCAUGGAAAGCUUGGUGGUCAGCGACAAAGGCCUGGACGAAGGCGGCAAGGGCAAAAAGGUCUGGAACGAGGGCCGUGUGAUCUUUCUAAAAGCUGCGCUGCAGAUCAUGCAGUCGCUUUUUCAUGCCGAUGGCGAUGGGCUGCCAAUGCUUGAUGUCGACUCUGCUCGAUUCAAGUCCCUUCAAAACAUCAUCGACCACUAUUUCGAUGACCCGGAAUCCCUCAAGGCGCAGUAUCAGCUCAUGCUCAGGCAGUCCGGUGGCGAUAUCUCGGAGCUUGACUGGAUUCUCAAGCUCCUGAAGCUGCGGAAGAGCAACAGGUUGUUUGUGGAGCAAGAGCUAAGGAAGGCCUGGGGGCGCGAGUGACGCAUGACUCCGGAAAUUGGGGCACCGGAGUGGCUGCAUUGUCAUGGUUCCCGAAUACACCGUCUUCAUGUCGAUCGCCCUCGCA